CCGGAAGUCGGACCUUAGCGAUAGCAAAGAUUCUGUAUAAGAGUUGUACUCAAAUAGCUAGUCUAAGUACAGAAGUGCGCGAUUUGAGCACACCCUAUGUGUUUCGCGGGUGAUUUGGGUGUUUUCUUGUAGCUUAGCUAAUAUAUUACACAUUUGGCUCUUAUCUUCUUCAUAACAUUAGUAAAACAAACUGACACAGAUUAAGACAUUGCUACUUCACACUCGUUCAAUAGCUCCUCAAUUAGCUAGCUAGCUAGCUAGCUAACGUUACGCGUACCAGAUCAGAAGCAGGUAACGUUAGCAAGCUAGGCUAACGUAAAAUAGCUUAACUUUGGGUUGUUUGUAGUGUGGUCUCCCCAGAGGAUAAAAGAUAUCCACCGUGAUGUCUCUUAGCGCUGUUCACGGAACACUGUCGAGCCUGCGGUCAUGUCAGACAGACAUCGGGACGGGAAUGGACAUAGUGUCAGAUGUGGCUAUGGACCUGGUGGAAACUCAGGGUCAGGAUGGAGAGGUGAACCCUGGCAUCAAAGAGAUGGAGGCCAUGAUCCUGGAGUGUGCCAAGCUGGACAGAGAGAUUAACUACUUUGUUGACAUUGUGCAACAAGUCACAGCAGAGAAUACCACGCAGCAGCCAGAGGCCAUGUUCAGCCUGUCUGCCAAAGUGAAGGAGAAGUUCACAGAGAAAAUAAACGGGCUCUCUGACGCUGAUCUGCAGAAUCACCAGAAAGUAGUGGCCUUCAAGGACAUCAUCAAGAACUCUCUCAACCAAGCCAACCAAGAGUCAGCAGAGAACACGGAGGAGCUCGAUGAAGACAUUGCAGUUACACAGAGCCAAGUCAACUUCACCUGCCCACUCACACAGGUGGAAAUGGUGAACCCGAUGAAGAACAAGAAUUGUAACCACCACUAUGAUGAAGCAGCCAUACUGGGCCUGAUCAAAGCGAGACACAGCCAGAAAAAGAAAUGCCGCUGUCCUGUGGUGGGCUGUGGGAAUACAGAUGUGAAACAGUCAGAUCUGAUUCAGGACGCAAUGCUGAGAAGAAAGAUCCAGAACCAAAAGAGAAACAACAACCGGACAUAGUAUUUAAAAAAAUAAAAAAAUAAACCUGUGUCAUCGUAUGUAUGUGUUAAUGAUGAACGGGUUAUGUUGUUGGCAGUAAUUUGAGAGCGUUGUUUUCAUCAGUACUCUGUUGUAAAUAGCUGUUUGAAAAUGUACUUUUUAUUCCGAGAUUUGUACCUCCAGUAAAACUGAAUUUGAAUUUAAGAAGUGAUGACUUGUUUGUAUUUCAGCUGGAGCAUUUUUUGCAUACUCCAGUCCUGUUGAAUGUAAAUAAAAGCCGCCGACUUUUCAUAAAUGUA